CGGAAUAUUAUCCCCUCGCCCAAUCCCGGCUCCCGCUGCUGAUGGUUCCGCAGGCGGGGCAGAGAGCGGGUCUCAGAGCGCCGGAGGGAGAAGGACGCGGCUAGAGUAAGAGGAGGAAAAAGGAGCUUCGUUUGGGGGGAGAUCAUGGGGGUCCUCCUCCGCUGGCCCCCCCUGAUCCUGUGGGCGGCUGCCCACCUGCUGCUCCUGGACUGCGCAGGCUCAACCUCUCACUCCCUGCGCUACUUCUUCACAGCCGUAUCUGAGCCUGGCCAGGGGCUGCCCCAGUUCAUUACUGUGGGGUAUGUGGAUGACCAGCAAUUCGUUCAGUACGACAGUGACACCAAGAAGGCGCUGCCUCACGUCCCCUGGAUAAGGAAGGCGAAAAAGCAGGAUCCUUAUUACUGGGAGAAGAGCAUGCAGCACUUUCAGGGUGCUGAGGAUGUGCUGGGGCUGAACCUGGAAACCCUGCAGUAUCGCUUUAACAAGAGCGAAGGUUUUUACUCCCUGCAGGAGAUGCUUGGCUGUGAUCUGAGUUCAGACGGGCGCAAAGGAGGGUAUUGGCAGUUUGGCUACGACGGGAGGGACUUCAUCGCCUUCGACAAGGAGACCCUUACCUGGACGGCAGCCAAUACGCAGGCCCAAGUAACCAAGGAGAAGUGGGAUCCUAUCAAGGAACAGAACCAGUACCGGAAAGCCUACCUGGAGGAGGAGUGCAUUGAGUGGCUGCAGAGAUACCUGGACUAUGGGAAGGAGACUCUGCUGAGGACAGAGGCUCCGGUGGUGAAGGUGACCAGAAAGGCAGACUAUGACAGCCUGGAGACCCUUGUUUGCCAAGUCCACGGCUUCUACCCCAAGGAGAUUGAUGCCAACUGGGUGAGGGACGGGGAGGUCUGGCAGGAGGGCACCUCCCGAGGAUUGGUCGCCCCCAACUCGGAUGGGACCUACUAUGUUUUGCUCAGUGUCACGAUCGACCCCGAGGAGAGGGACCGCUUCCGGUGCCGCGUGGAGCAUGACAGCCUGAAGAAACCUCUGGACGUGGCCUGGGAGAAGCCAGGAGGCUCCACUUCUCACUCCCUGCGCUACUUUGGCACAGCCAUGUCUGAGCCUGGCCAGGGGCUGCCCCAGUUCAUUUCUGUGGGAUACGUGGAUGACCAGCAGUUCGUUCAGUACGACAGUGACACCAAGAAGGCGCUGCCUCGCAUCCCUUGGAUAAGGAAGGUGGAAAAAGAGGAUCCUCAGUACUGGCACAGGGCGACUCAGACAUUUCAGGGCAAUGAGCUCCGGUACAGGGAAAACCUGGAAAUUGAAAGGAAUCGCUACAACCAGAGCGGAGGGAUCCACACCUAUCAGAUGAUGCUUGGCUGUGAGCUGAUGUCAGACGGGCGCAAAAGAGGAUAUAGGCAGUACAGCUAUGAUGGGAGGGACUUCAUCGCCCUCGACAUGGAGACCCUCACCUGGACGGCAGCUGAUACAGAGGCCCAAGUGAUCAAGAGGAAGUGGGAUGCCGAAUUGGCCCAGAACCAGUACUGGAAAGCCUACCUGGAGAAGAGGUGCAUUGAGUGGCUGCAGAGAUACCUGGACUAUGGGAAGGAGACUCUGCUGAGGACAGAGGCUCCGGUGGUGAAGGUGACCAGGAAGGCAGACUAUGACAGCCAGGAGACCCUUGUUUGCCAAGUCCACGGCUUCUACCCCAAGGAGAUUGAUGCCAACUGGGUGAAGGACGGGGAGGUCUGGCAGGAGGGCACCUCCCGAGGAUUGGUCGCCCCCAACUCAGAUGGGACCUACUAUGUCUUGCUCAGUGUCAGGAUCGACCCCGAGGAGAGGGACCGCUUCCGGUGCCGCGUGGAGCAUGACAGCCUGGAGAAGCCUCUGGACGUGGCCUGGGAGAAGGAGCCUGUCAGCCUGGGGCUCAUUGUGGGAGCCAUUUUGGGUGUCUUGGCUGCCAUCCUGCUGGUCUCUGGGAUCGUCUUCUUCAUCAUCCGCAGGAAACGGAGCGAGAAAUUGGCCUACAAAGCCGCCUCAACAAGUGACCAGGGGUCCGACAGCUCUGCCAAGGUUGGUGUGUGAGAUGAGACCAGAAGGAGCCUGGCCAAGUUUUGCUGUGAAUUGCAGAGGCUCACAGCUCCUGCUGUCCUUUAAUGCUGUUUAUGAUGUUCCUUAAUUCUAGCUUUCACCCAUCCAUUCUGACUCCAGCUGUAACUUUAAUUUCAGGAUAAUCGUGUUUUUCUGAUGGAUUGUGGCCGAUUGUGCUUUGCAGCUGAUUUUCAGAAAUGUGCUUGUAUUAAUCAGAAAUGUGCUAGAUAUACGCAACUCAGUUGCUUUAAAAAGGGAUGAGGAGAUUGAGCAGUGAUUUUGUUGGUUUCAUUUGGUUAUUUGUUGCUGUGUUUCCCUCUACAAUUCUUUCCCCAACCUUGUGUCCCUCGCUUGCCAUCCAAAUUGAAGGAAAGUCAACAUUUGAGAACUGCUUUAGGUGUAUUGUGUGUGAAAUAGGCUAAUAGCCUCUUGGGCCGCCCAGCCUUUGGCUAAAUGGAUGUAUUGUCAUGGAAUGUAUAAAAGCAGUCUAACUGCUCUGGGUGAGGAAGUUAAGAAACUGGCAGGGAAGGAUGGUUGGCAGGAAGGAGGAAUACUUAGAUCAGGCACCCCCAAACUUUGGCCCUCCAGAUGUUUUGGACUACAAUUCCCAUCUUCCCCAACCACUGGUCCUGUUAGCUAGGGAUCAUGGGAGUUGUAGGCCAAAACAUCUGGAGGGCCACAGUUUGGGGAUGCCUGACUUAGAUGCUCAGGAGUUGAAGCUGAAAGUGAGAAGGAACUGAGAGGCUGAAGACAAGAGAGGUUGUCAGAAUUGGAUCUGAUUCUAAUCUGGAACCUUGCAAGUCUGCCUCAGAAGAUGAAGGACAGACACUGGCCAUUGAUCUCGUAGAAGCCAAGGAGGGCAUCCUCUACAGUUACAACCUCUGGAUAUGGGCGGAUAUUGUCUGUCUUGACCAAGAGCCGUGCUCCAGUUCCCCUGCAGAUGAGACACCUGGGAGGGACGUCCACCUCCAGCCCUCUUGGGUCACCUGCUACAUCCCCAGAACCUCACUGUCCUGUGUGACUAGAUCCAGAGUGGUCCAGAGGUGACCUCUGCUGGAGUGGAGGCCUCUUUUCAAACAUCUUCAGUCAGGGCAGAGAAUGAGGAGCUCCAGUGGGCAUUCAGACCCUCCCCUGGGCAAUGGAGCUGCUGAGGCAGUUUCCUCCAGACCCUCUUUCUGUCCCGAUACCUUGCAAGGUUCCAGUUCUCCAGCCUAGUUCAUGGAGCUCCACGUCCAGGACAACCAGCUGCUGAGCUCUGGACCUCCACCUUGGGCCUCCCAUGAUGCCCUGGGGCAGUCAGUUGAGAAACAGGCGGAGGGGGAGGAAGAAGCAGUUGAAGGGGAAAAACAAAAAAUGGGGAACAGAGGAGGUAAGAGAGGCUGAGGGAAUGGGGCCUAGCAACUCUCCUGCAGGAGAUGAGAGGGACUUACUUUGCUGACAGCCAAGGAGGAAGCCAGCAAGGAGAAGAGGCAGGUCAGGAGCUACAUGGUCACAAUUUGAUCUGAAACAAGGAGCCCCAUAUUUUUGGUUCCAGUUCAUGAGACUUGUUGCCUGGUCCCCACAGCCUUCUAGGAGGGGUGACCCACUGGGAGUCGGACUCUUCAAAGUAAACUGGUUUUGUUACCUUCAAUUUGCCUAAUUUUUAUCUCACCCAUUCUUGCUUACUCUGCCCAUCUGCGGUUCCCACUAUAUGAUUCCCACCAUCUCACUUCCCUUCUCAUAGGCUGGUAUUCCUUAAGGAGAUGCUUUCGUAGAAAUAAGAAUGUAAUAAUUCUUUUAGACCUCCAGGGGCUGCAGGACUCCUCUUGCCUAACCCAAUGGAUUUGCUGCACCUUGCUUUGAAGACACUGGGUGUAAUUAUUAUUAUUCCUUUUGUAAUAUCUGUUUGACUGAAAUAAAUAAGGGUGCACCCUC